UGUUUGGUAUAAAUUUAAUAUUAUUGUUUUAGUCCAUUUUAGCUUCAGGUUUUUAAUUAUUUUAAUGAAAUUAAAACAGUGCUCUCCGUUUUAAGACCAACAAUUUUGGCGAGUUUAUAAAAUGAGUAAUCAAAGUUCAGCAGCAAAGGUUGGUGAGAUCUUCAGUGCUGCGGGUACUGCAUUCAGUAGACUAGGUGAACUCACAUUAACAUUGCAGCCAACAAACGAUACACCUACACCUAACAGCAAAUGGACUGAUGAUGAUAUAGAAAUGCUUCAAAGUGCUGUAAAAAAAUUUACAGACGACCUAGCUAUUAUAUGCGAUCAAAUCAAACAACGGACAGUAUCUCAAAUACACACAACUCUCAAAAGAAAAUCUUAUGAAAAUAGAGCAAUCAAUCCUGCUGUAUUGACAAGAUCACCAAUGUCCUUAACAUCUCCAAUGUCAACAAAUAUACUAAAUGCAAAAUGUAACUCUGCUGAUGUAACAUUAAACAUGUUGAAUGCACCUCAAGAACAUAAUUCUGCUUCAGAUGAUAUUCCUAAUGAAAAUAAUCGACAUAACUUCAAUUGUGGUGUUGAUAUUGAGUAGCGAACUUUAAACUUUUGACAUACCAGAUGUACCAAUAAUUUAAUUGAAAAAAUUGUGUUAUCACUUUAUCAGUUACUUGGUGGUUACUUUCAUGAUGGUCUCUUAUUUAUUUCCCUGCCUAUAUUAUGUAUAACUUUUUCUUUUUAGUUGUGCAUUUAUUUUUAUAUGUAUACAAAAUAUUUGUACUUCUGUAAAGGCAAAAAGAACAAAAUGAAAGAUUUAAGAAAAUAUGUUGCAUUUCUAAAUUUACAACGAUUAGUAAUCAUAUUUAAUUAUCUUAUAAAUCAAUAAUAUGAGGAUAAGAGAUUGCAAUUUAACUGAAUUAUAAAAUUAGUCUAAUUAAUAUGAAGAGACGAUGUACAGUUAAUUUAUUUAUUUUUAAAAUAAAUUUAUAUUCGUAAAUUAUA